AUGGCGUCAAUUUCAGUGUUGAAUCCUAAGGCUGAAUUGGCUAGGAAUGCGGCCGCUUUGGAGAUGAAUAUUAGUGGUGCUCGUGGUCUCCAAGAGGUUAUGAGGACUAACUUGGGACCUAAGGGAACUUUGAAAAUGUAAGCUUUUAUUUAUUUUGUUUGAAUUUUAGGUUGAAAGGGCUAAAACAACAUGAAAUUGGAGAAAAUUGCUUGUUUUUUCUGUUCGAAUGUUUUGAAGACCUCUUUAAGGUCUUUUGGAGCUUUUGUGUAUAAGAUUAUGCUUUACUCUUUUAAAGGUAGAUUAUAUGUACAAAAUUAUUUUACCUUAUAUUAACUCAAGUAAGACCAAUCAUCUUUUCCUUCCAGGCUUGUCUCCGGAGGUGGUGAGCUAAAACUGACCAAGGAUGGUAAUGUUUUGCUUCACGAGAUGCAAAUCCAACAUCCUACAGCGUCGAUGAUUGCCAAAGCUUGUACUGCUCAGAACGAUUCGACUGGUGAUGGUACAACAUCGACAGUUUUGUUGAUUGGAGAAAUGUUGAAGCAGGCUCAGAACUACAUUGAAGAGGGUGUUCAUCCUCGUCUUUUGACUGAAGGAUUCAAGAUUGCUCACAAUGCUAGCUUGGAAUUUUUGAACAAGUUCAAGGUUCAGAACAAGAUUGACCGUGCUUUGUUAAUUGAGGUCGCUAGAACUGCGUUGAGAACGAAAUUGAAUACUAAACUGGCUGAUCAUAUUACUGAAUGUGUUGUGGAUGCAGUAAGUUAUUAAAUUUCUUGUUUUUGGCAUUUAAAGUUUAAAUAUUUGGUAAAUAUUCAAGAAGCUCAACCUUAAACUUCAAAAUUUUAGGUUUUGUGCAUUAGAAAAGAUGAAAACGACAAUGAGCCGGAUCUUCAUAUGGUUGAACUUCAACAAAUGGAGCAUGAAUCAGAUAUGGACACCAAGUUCAUCAGAGGUUUGGUCUUGGAUCACGGAGGACGUCAUCCAGAUAUGCCAAAGCACGUUGAGAACGCUUAUGUUCUGACUUGCAAUGUCUCUUUGGAGUUUGAGAAAACGUGAGUUGGGCUUUAUUUUUUAUUUUAAUUUGGUAUAAUUUGGCGUAUAUUGUCUACAGAGGUCAAAAAGUUUGAUUUUUGUGGUGGUCUAUAUCUAAAAUAUUAUUUUAGGCUAAUGUUUGCAAUUUUAAACGUUUUUUUUAUAUUAAGGAUAAGACCCGAGCUCUAUUUAACUGUUCUAAACACGGCAAUAGCCAAAAAAAUGUUAUUUUAGUUAAAAACGAUGUUUUAAGCUUGAUAUUGUUGUAGCGAAGUCAACUCGGGAUUAUACUACAAAACCGCGGCUGAAAGAGAAAAGUUGUUGACAGCUGAACGUGAAUUCAUCACUAGAAGAUGUGAGAAGAUCAUUGAGCUGAAGAAGAAGGUCUGCGUUGAAAAAGACGGCAAAACUCCUGGAUUUGUCAUCAUCAACCAAAAGGUAUGCUUUAUAUUGAUUUUUUUGGAUUUUAAUGGGUUUAAUAAAGCAAAAUGGUAAUAUUAGUAAUAGGUAAUACUAUACUGGUCAUAAUUUCUUUAAAAAUCUGUUUUUUUAUAAGUUUCUUUAAGAAGUUAAAUUUCAGGGUAUUGACCCACCAUGUCUCGACCUAUUCGCCGCCAAUGGCAUCCUAGCUCUCCGUCGUGCCAAAAGACGUAAUAUGGAACGUCUUCAAUUGGCUUGUGGAGGAGAAGCUAUGAACUCGGUCGACGACAUGACAGAAGAACAGCUAGGAUGGGCUGGUCUGGUCUACGAACAUGUUUUGGGCGAAGACAAGUACACGUUCGUGGAAGAGUGCAAAGACCCAAAAAGUGUGACGAUUUUGAUUAAAGGACAGAACAGACACACUAUUCUCCAAAUUAAGGAUGCUAUUUAUGAUGGUUUGAGGGCUGUGUCCAACGCUUUGAAGGAUCGUAAGUUUAUGACAUUUUAUAUUGAAUUUUAAAUGAAAAAUAUGAUUUUUGGGAUAUUUUACAGCAGAAAUGAGGAUUUAUGACAUUUUUUAUAAAAAGGGAGGAUUUUACGACAUUGUUUAUUAGAAAUGAGAAUUUAUGACAUUUUUCAUUAGAAAUGAGGAUUCGAUGACAUUUUUCAUUAGAAAUGAGGAUUUUGUGACAUUUUUCAUUAGAAAUGAGGACUUUAUGUCAUUUUUAAUCUGAAUUAAUGGCAAAAUGAAAAUAAUGUCAUUUUAGAAGCCGUGGUACCAGGAGCCGGAUCCUUUGAAGCCGCUGCUCACAAUCAUUUGUUGGAUUUGGCCGAAAAGACUAAAGGCCGCGCCAAGCUCGGAGUUUUGGCAUACGCUCACUCAUUGUUGGUCAUUCCAAAGGUUUUGGCCUUGAAUGCUGGAUUUGAUUCUCAGGAAAAACUGGUGACAUUAUUAGAGGACCAAAAGAGCGUUGGAGGCGAAACUGCUUUGGGAUUGAACUUGGACAGUGGUGAUGUUGAACUCGUUAAUGUAGGUUUCUAUUCUUGAGGAAUUUUGGUUGGUAUUUUCUCUAUUGUGUCGGAAAUGGCAUGAACUUUCUUUAUAGUGCAUAAAAUGGCAAGAACUUUCUUUACAAAACUAAAAAUGACAAUAACUUUCUUUACAAAACAAAAAAUUGCAAGAACUUUCUUUACAAAAUUUAAAAUUAAAAAAAUAGUACUAAAGCUCAGAAUUAAUGAUAUUUUGCUAAUUUCAGGGCAUCUGGGACAACGUGUGUGUAAAGAAAUGCUCUCUUCAAGCCGCCUACAACAUUGCAUCAAACUUGCUUCAGGUCGACGAGGUCAUGAGAGCCGGUAUGACCAGUCUAAAACAGAAGCCAGGCCAAGAAUAA